AUUUGGGACUACGGACCGCCUGCCGGUUUGGUGUCGUGAGAUGGAGUACAUCUGUAGUAAUGACUGCACGAGGAUGAUUCUUCUGUAUAUAUUACUGGUGGCGCGAUAGAAUACAUAUGGGCUUCCAGCCUUCCCUUCGACUUCGAAGCUCAGAUCCUGGAUACACUGUCUACAGACCUGAGGGUUGCAGAGCACGCGGUAACGCGAGACGGGCAGGUACCUUAGCACCCUACUUGCGCAACCAGCCCAGCGCCGCUUUCUCUAUUCUUUACUGCACCACUUUCACUUUCACUUUAAUUUUCACUCUUACUGUCACUCCAAGCUUCGCUGUGGAUUCGCUCCAGCUCAACUUUCCAGCUUGUUGGCUUGCUGUCCUGUCCAAAGUGGCAGCCUCAGCAACGCCUGCCACUGCCCGAAAUGGCCUGGCGGCUCUGCGAUACCUUGUACCUGCAGCGGGAGCGGACAGCCACUAUUCGCUAUCGCGAUGUCAACACGAUCUUGCGCUGUUGCUCUCGUCGUCGCAUGCGAACUGAAGUUCACUGCUCAUAAACUCGCGUCUUCCCGUUCACUAGCGCAAUGGUUGCGCUAUGAGGAUGCAGGUGUGCCCCAACCCGGUGCGAUUGCUGCCCAUUCUGUCAGCUUCACCUGUUUAUCUGCGUUUGCAAGGAGGAGAAAAGCUGUUUGAGCGCGACGCCUGCUCCCCG